CCGCCAUUUUUGAAGACGUCGAUGGAAGUUUUCUGAAAAAAUAACUUUUUCUAUUCUCAAUAAUAUGGAAAAUAGAUGAACACUACCGAUCACUGGAGAUGGAAGCAAACUUCGAAAGGGAGCUUAAACAGCUCAAGAAGAAAAAACUUAAAGCGCAGGAAAAAGGUGAUCUAGCCGAAGAGGCUAAACUCUGCAAUGCUGUUGGGGAAAUGCUUUUCCAUUAUGGAUUCUAUGAAAAGGCUGUUAAGGAACACACAAGGGAAGUGCAGUUAUCUGAAGCAAGUCAAGACACUAUUGGAGCUGCUAUUGCUCACAGAAAAGUGGGAGAGUGUUUGUGUGCGCUGAAAAAAUAUAAGGAGGCUCUGUUUCACCAAAACUUGCAUCUUGAGCUUGCUCGGUCAGCAAAAAAUCUUGUUGAAGAACAGCGGGCCUUGGCCACCAUUGGGCGCACAUGGCUUGUCCACUCAGAUGAUGCAAUCAAUAGUGACGAGGUGGAAGAAUUUCUUCUUGAGGCACAGACUGCAUUCCUGAAAAGUCUAGAUGUCUGUGACAAACUACACAGAAGUGUUUCCCAAAAGGAAUUGUUAGAGAUGAAGUCAAGAUUGUAUCUCAAUCUUGGUAUAAUUUAUGAAAACCAGAAGGAUCUGUGUAGAGCCAAGAAUUUUAUGGAGAAGGGUUUGAUCAUUGCAAGAGAUCAAGGUUUGAGGGACACUGAGUACCGCUGUCUGCUAGCAAUUGGUGGUAUUCAAAUGAAAUCUGAUCAAGAUGCACAUGCCUUGAGGUGCUUUGAACAGGCCUUACUGGUGGCCAGACAGGGAAACAACAAGUUUGAUGAGGCAGAUGCUUUGGCUUUGUUGGGAAAGGUUUUCCUCAAGCUGGGGGAAUUUUCAGCUGCUCGUAGUAAUUUAAAGAAAGCAUACAUUAUUAAUAAGACCAAGAGAUCUGAUGAUCUAGAGGAAUUGAAAUCAAGUUUAGCAACAGCCAUAAAGGGAAUUAGAUUUGAGAGAAAAUGGGCUAAACUCUCAGAAUUUUCUCUGGAUGAACAAAUUAAAAUAUUGGACACCCUUGGUGAUCUGUACUGUCAAGCAAGGUCUUUCCGCAAAGCUUUAGGUUUCUACAAGAGGGAGCUUGAUUUGGCCAAAUGUGCAGGGAAGUCUGGCACAGAGCUGUCACCUAUUUUUGUGUCCCUUGCAAUAACAUACUUUGACCUCAAAUGUCCUCAAGAUGCCAUUGACUGCUACAUGAAAGAACUAGAAACAUUCAGUUUGGAAGAAGGGGAUGCCAAAAAGAAGUGCGACACGUGGUGUAACAUUGCAUAUGUGCAUGAUAAAAGUGGACAUGAUUAUGAACAGAUUGAAGAUGCCUACAUGAAGGCCUUGUCUUAUGCCAAACAAGCUGGAAAACCACAAGCUGUGCUGAGGGUGUGGAAAUGCUUAGCAGAUACACAAAAGAUGUUUGAUCUCAAAGACAAGUACCAAACAUCAGUUUCCAAAGUUACAGAACUUGAAAGACAGUUUGAUAUUGAAGUUGUUAGUGAUGACAGCGAUGAUGAAGAAGGAAGUAGUAAUGGUGAUGAAGAUCUUGCAAAAGUUUUGAUUGAAAAUGAAUUACUUCUCUCAGAAUCUGAUGAGGAUAAUGACAAUGAAGGAGAAGAUUCCAGAUCAAGGAAUAGUUCAAGACAAGUAAGAACAAGAGGCCAGCGAAAAUAUGUGAAUGAAAAAGGAGAAACCCCACUACAUGAGGCAGCAAUUGCAGGAAAUUCACAACAUGUGAAAGAGCUGUUGGAAAAGGGAUCUGAUGUCCAUGCAAGAGAUUACUGUGGCUGGCUUCCACUUCAUGAGGCUUGCAACCAUGGUCACCUAGAGGUGGCUAAGCUUUUACUCAUGGCAGGGUCAAAUGUUAAUGACCAGAGUGGUGAACACUGCUGUGGAGUGACACCUCUCCAUGAUGCAGCUGAGAAUGGGCAUGUUCAUGUUGUCAAGCUCUUGCUGUCUCAUGGAGCAUCCAUCAAUCUGAAAGAUGACAAGGGUCGUACAGCUUUGGAAGCAGCCAUCCAGACACUCAAUAUUGAUAAAGCUGAUGAUGAACUGUCUACUGGUAGACAGCAGGUGGUAAAACUUCUGCGCAAUCACAAAGCAACUAAAAUUAGUUCAGAAUUAAGGAGACGAAAUGUAGUGUUUGAUGAUGAUGAUAAUGAUGAAGAAGCAGAUGAGUCUUCUCAAGAGAGCACAAGUGCUCUGCAAAGAUUCAAUGAUAAAUUAAUGAAGAAGGAGAUUGAAAGACUUCAGAGAAUGAACAAAAAAAUUUUGGACAACAGCAACCAAGGCCAUGUGGAUGAACCACAUCCUCCCAAGACCCUGAGCAAAGGAGCUGUCAUAAGUGAGGAUGAUGAUUCGCAGGAAAACCAACUUGAAGUUGUCCUUUCGUAUCCUUCUAGUUCUUCUGGUGAGCCAGCACAUUCUUCUGUUCAUCAUGUGGUUGGCAGUGCUAAUGACAUGUUUUCUUGUGAUAGUGAUGAAGCAUCCUUUGAUGCUGUUCACAAUAAUGGAAUUGAUGUUGGUGAUGAUGAUAGUACUUACGCAUCUAUGGAUGAGGAGAAUGGUGUUGAAAUGGUUGAUUUGAAUGAUCAAAACUCUGAUUUUGGGUUAAGUGCAUUGAUAACUGAUCCCAUAAUAGGAACAUCAAGUGAUACUAGCAGCCAUUACACUGGUUCAGUAGCAUCUCAUAUUUCUCAAAAGACUGCAGAUUGGCUUGUGGAUGAUGUUGGACCAAGGAGGGCAAAACGUAAACGUCAAGCAAAGCUCACAAACCUUGCUAGAUCAACUGAUCGCACCAGACAAACGGCAACUGCAUCUAGGCCAAGACAUCGGUUAAGUCUUAGUAACACUCACAAAGGGCCUCGCCCAAAGCAAUCAAGAUUGGUUGUAUCACAAGAACCUAAAGCACCAGAGAGUCCAAGUAAUACCAUGUCGUCUCAUGAUAAUUAUGUGACAAAUCAUUGGUCUCAAAAUGAUCUUUUGAAAUCGAUACCAUCUGGAUCAGAGGUAACAUCUACUGUUCUAGGUGUAAGAACUAGUGUUUAUGACUCUCCUGGAGCAAGUUCAAGACACACAGGAACCCCAGGAGGAACUCCACCCAUGCGCCUUAAAGUAUGGGUGCAGGAUAAAAUGUUUCUUAUUCCAUGUCCUCAAGGCAAUACACAAGAAGCUAAGAGUGUUGGAUGGUUAGCUGAGCAGGCUUCCCUCAGGUACUUUUCCUCUUCUGGCCUUCGUCCUGUUUUAGCCCUGAAAACAAAGGAGGGUGCUUUCUUGUCAGUGGAGGAUAAAAUCACAGAUGUACUUUCAAGUAAUGAAGAAGUUAUAGCAUCAGUGGAAUCUUGGGACUUGCCUGCAUUGUCAGAGAGAUAUCAUGAUGCAUGUCUCAACACCAACACUGUACCUCAGGUAGAUGUACUUCGCAUCCUUGAAGCAGAUCCUCAUUUGUCAAGCCUCCAUCUAGUAAACAAAGCAUUACAAGAUAUCUUUGUGCUGCCUCUAUUCAGAGCUCUGCAGUGUCAUGACACUCUGACAAAGCUCUCAUUGCCUGGGAACAGGAUAGGUGACUCUGGCAUCCAGCAUCUAGUAUCAGCUCUCCCAACUCUCCCCUCCCUUGCUGUACUGGACCUGGCCUCCAAUGGAAUAACUAACAAAGGACUGUCAUUUGUUGCUGGUGCUUUGACUUCCAAGGAAUCACUGAGUUCAGGACCACAACAGAACUGUAUUCUUCAAAAGUUGGAGGAACUUGUUAUCAGCUAUAACUGGUUGGGAGACAGUGCAGGUAGUUCACUGGCUGUCAUUCUUAAAGGAUGUCCUAUUCUAAACAUUCUAAGAAUAGAAUCUUGUGGGUUGACUCAUGAAGUUGUUGCCCAGGGAAAAGCAUUUGCUUCAGCCUUAAAAGGUUCAAAGUUAUUACAAUUGCCUGUGGCCUACAAUUCUCUUGGCCCUCAAGGAAUAACAGAUUUGAUGAGAGCUCUUCCAUCUGAGUCAUUGAAUCACCUGAAUGUAACCUCAUCGCUGCAAGAUCAAGGCAAUCAAUUGGCUUUCCAAAGUAUAGAGGGAUUUAUGGAAAUUGGCUGUGUCCUUUCACAUCUGGUUCUUGGAGAUUGCUUUAUUGGUGACAAGGACCUGGAGCUUCUCUUCAAAGCUAGACAUAUAUUCUCAAUUCUCAGUUUGGAUCUGAGUUGCAAUAAAAUUGGUGCUGAUGGAUUGCCAUUCCUGGAAAGACUUGUGAGGGAAAGCUGCAAACUUUCAACUCUUGUUCUGGCUGGUAAUGAAGGCAUUGACUCUGUGGGAGUCAAGGGUUUGCUUGUGGCAGCUAGGGACAGUAAAACCCUCAGAAAGCUAAAUUUGUCUACUUGUGGAGUUCAGUCACCUCUUGAUGACUCAUUCUUUGAUGCUUUAAAAACCGCAAUUUCACAAGGAGACAGGGAAUGCUGUCUUGCAGAACUUGAACUAUCUCACAAUCUGAUCAGUACUGUUGAUAAAGAAAGAUUGGCAGAAGAGUGGCAUAUAGGGUAUGGAGGGGAAAGUUUAACAUGCUUAAAGAAUAAUCUCUGCUUGUUGACAAAGUCAUAAAUUGUGGUGGGUGAGCUAAAUUGAAUUCAUUUAAAUUGUAAAUAAAGUGCUUAUAUUUGUAGAAUAUCAAGUGUUUUCCACUUCUGACAGUGUAAUGUUACUCAAAUUUAAUGGGCAAGAUGUUUAGUGUUACUUUGGCAAAAGUGAUGUACUAAUUAAACUUCAUA